CGCCUUCGAGUCACUGCGUUGGAAAAAGCAGCGAAGACAAGAGAUGAACGAUCUGUUCCAGAAGACAUCGACCAAGUCGGGUGCAAAGUACACUGCGUGCGCGCAGUCGUCGCCAAGAGUGACGCCAUACUCUGGGCUGGGGCAGCUCCUCGACACUGGAGAAGACAAUCACGUGGCCGACCAGUUGCCCCCUCCUUCCCCCAAUAACGAGGCGUCAGAGUACACCGUGUACACCCGACUGGGGAUUCAAUCAACCCCCCCCCGCAGCACCAACCAAAGCGACUGCGACAGCAGCGAGGCCCCGCUGUCCCAUCGGUCGUCCACUGCCUCCCCAUCUUCAUCCGACCACGUGAUCAACAUGGAAUGUCCUCCCUAUCUUGAUCAGGAUCCUCAACCACAAGGACCAGACAUUCCCGAAUGCAAUGUGACAUGCCGCCGAAAGAAAACAGCGUUCGAAGCCCGCGUGCGGCUCGCGAUGCAUGACAAGCCCAUCUACGUGGGGCGGUACAAGACUGAGCAGGCCGCGCGGGACGCAUGUGCUCGUCUCUUGCGGCAGACGACACCGCGGCAAGAAUCGAAGGCGACGAAAUAAUAUAAGAAGUAAUAUCGACCAAGUACAGUCGAG